UCACACGCUAGCAAGGUUAUGCUUAAAAUUCUACAAGGCAGGCUUAGGCAGUAUGUGGUACCAAGAGCUCCCAGAAGUGCAAGCUGGAUUUCGAAGGGGCAGAGGAACCAGAGACCAAAUAGCAAACAUGUGCUGGCUUAUGGAGAAAGCUAGAGAGUUCCAGAAAAACAUCUACUUCUGCUUCAUUGACUAUGCAAAAGCCUUUGACUGUGUUGACCACAGCAAACUGGCAAGUUCUUAAAGAAAUGGGAGUGCCUGAUCACCUCAUCUGUCUCCUGAGAAAUCUCUAUGUGAGACAAGAAGCUACAGUUAGAACUGGAUAUGGAUACUGAUUGGUUCAAAAUUGGGAAAGGAGUAUGACAAGGUUGUAUAUUGUCUCCCUGCUCUUUAACUUAUAUGCAGAAUUCAUCAUGCGAAAGGCUGGACUAGAUUAUCCCAAACCAGAAUUAAGAUUGCCGGAAGAAAUAUCAACAACCUCAGAUAUGCAGAUGACACAACCUUGAUGGCAGAAAGUGAGGAAGAAUUAAAGAACCUUUUAAUGAGGGUGAAAGAGGAGAGCGCAAAAUAUGGUCUGAAGUUCAAAAUCAAAAAACAAUCUGAAGAAGUGUGUAUGCACAUGAAAGCUCAUACCAAAAUAAAAACUUAGUUGGUCUUUAAGGUGCUACUGAAGGAAUUUUUUUAUUUUACUUCGACCCAGACCAACACGGCUACCUACCUGUAAUCAAAAAACAACAACACCCAAGAUCAUGGCCACUGGUCCCAUCACCUCCUGGCAAAUAGAAGGGGAAGAAAUGGAGGCAGUGAGAGAUUUUACUUUCUUGGGCUCCUUGAUCACUGCAGAUGGUGACAGCAGUCACGAAAUUAAAAGACGCCUGCUUAUUGGGAGAAAAGCAAUGACAAACCUAGACAGCAUCUUAAGAAGCAGAGACAUCACCUUGCCAACAAAGGUCUGUAUAGUUAAAGCUAUGGUUUUCCCAGUAGUGAUGUAUAGAAGUGAGAAGGCUGAUCGCCGAAGAAUUGAUGCUUUUGAAUUAUGGUGCUGGAGGAGACUCUUGAGAGUCCCAUGGACUGCAAGAAGAUCAAACCUCUCCAUUCUGAAGGAAAUCAGCCCCAAGUGCUCACUGGAAGGACAGAUCCUGAAGCUGAGGCUCCAAUACUUUGGCCAUCUCAUGAGAAGAGAAGACUCCCUGGAAAAGACCAAUGUUGGGAAAGAUGGAGGGCACUAGGAGAAGGGGACGACAGAGGACGAGAUGGUUGGACAGUGUUCUCGAAGCUACGAACAUGAGUUUGACCAAACUGCGGGAGGCAGUGGAAGACAGGAGUGCCUGGCGUGCUCUGGUCCACGGGGUCACGAAGAGUCGGACACGACUAAAUGACUAAACAACAACAAAAAAUUGAGGGCAAGUUCCUUUUGCUUCCCUUUAUUUUCAUGUUCCCACACAGCACCAACUUGACUGACAUUACGGUAGCAUUCUAUUUUCAAGGCUGAUAUCUAUGUGGGUAGUAUAAUCGUGAUCACAAGCUGAACAUGAGUCAACAGUGCAGUAUACAGUAGCUCCUUUUUUAAAAGCCUGUGCAAUAUUGGACUGCAUUAACAGAAGCCUAGUGCCCAAAUCUGGAGGUGAAAAAGUUCUAUCAGGAUGCGGCAGAGGGAGAGAUUAGAAGCAGGGGUAUUCUGUUGGCUCUACUGAGAAACCAGAUGUGUUUUGGCUCUUCCUCAACUCUUACCUAGCAGUAGCCAUUCCACAGGCUACCUGAAGUGCUUCUAGCCCACCAAGUUACUGGUAUUUUAAGAACUGGCAACUGCACUAACUUUUUUUGUCCUCCUUCCCCCUUUUGUGUCGUGUCUUAAAAAUGGCAAUCUUGAGAGCAGGUACUGGUGUGUUUUACUGACUUAUAAAGCUGGUCUAGCAAUCCACUUGAUUGUGUGUCAGGCCACAGGUGGAAUACUAGUUCUGGGCCUCACAUUUUAAGGACACUGACAUGAGUGUCUCCAGGGAAGAGUGAAGUGCCUGGGAACCAAGUCAUGAUUGAAAGAGCUGGGAGCAGGUUACUGGAAGAUGUGAUAGCAAUCCUCAGUGGUCUGAAGAGCUCUCAUGUGGCAGAUGGAACCGGCUUGUUGCUCCAGAGCAUGGGACUAGAACUGUUGGCUUAAACGUUACAAGAAAUUUCCUAAUAGCAAAUGCUGAUGAACAGUGGAACAGUCACAUACUGAAGGAAGUCAGUAUGUGUGUAUGUACGUAGAUUAUUAUGAUGGCAUAGUUUUCUUUGUAGGCAUGUGUUGUUUUGCUUUGUUUUUGUUUUUCUUUUGGAUUUUAUGUUUGUAAUUUUUGUUGUAAUUUUGCAUUGAAAAUUAAAAUUAAAAAAAGAACAGUGGAAUAGGCAGCCUCAGGAGGUUUUGGGCUCUCCCUUGCUUGGAGGUAUUUAAGCAGAGGCCAUCUACCUGUUAAAAUGUUGCAAUUUACACCCUGGAUUGCGAUUAGAUGACUUCCUAGGCUCCCUUCCAACUACCAGCACUGCCCAGGCUGCUUGGAAAGCCUCUAUUUUAGCUAUUUAAGCCAGGCAUGGCCAAACUUGGUCCUCCAGCUGUUUUGGGAUGACAACUCCCAUCAUCCCUAGCUAACAGGACCAGUGGUCAGGGACGGUGGGAAUUGUAGUCCCAAAACAGUUGGAGGGCCAAGUUUGGCCAUCCCAGUGUAACCUAAGAGAAGAUACACAGUCUCUGAUAUUUAAGAUCUAAAGAACCACAGGUAGUUCUGCGUGCCUUAAGAAAAAAAUUUUUGUAUCAGACCACUAUGGAAACCACAGGGGCCUUUCAGAAUCUUGUUUGAAACAUAGCUCGGCCCUGCUAUUUUAAGAGGCGGAGGAAUCCUAUGGCAUGCCCAAGCUCUCCUGGGUGAGCUUAUUAAUAGCUUUUCGGAUCCCCCCUAUGCAUUUCAACAGUGAGCAGAUGCCUUGGGGGGUGGGGAAUCAGUUGGCUACAGUUUAGGAAACACUAAUGAAAUUAACAUUCUGUAUUCUGUUCCUUUUCUCUGAACUAGCCACCCUGCUGUCAAAAGUUUUUAGCUUUGCUUGUUAUGAAGGUGUGCCAAUCCUGUGGUUACUUUGGUUGCCUUUUUCUGCACCUUUUCCAGUUAUGGGCUUCUUUGUGAAAAACGAAGUACAGGUACCAUAAUAGUAUUUCACAGACUGCCAAUGGAAAUAUUUCUCACUGCAGGCAUGAACGACUGCCUGUUGGGCCCCGGGUGCCCCACAAACGUUUGCCUGUACCUGUUGGUGAUACAGAGUCAGACUCCGGGUCCCUCUAGCUCAGUGCUGCCUACACUGAUGGGCAGUGGCUGCCCAGGGUUUCAGGCAGGGCGCUUGGAGAGAUUCUAGUCCUCAUGGCUCUGAUCAAAAGGGCCGAAGUAAAUCGGAACCUGGGAAGCCGCCUUAUGCAGACUCUUGAGUCUCCCCCCAAGCGCCGUACUGUCCACACUGACUGACAGCAGUGGCUCUUCAGGAUUGCAGGCACAACAGCGACCCCGCCCUGCCCGAGGAGCCCCACUGCAGAGCGGCUUCCCGGGGCGAAGGCGCGCAGCGGUGACGUUUUACUUCCGGCGCGGAAAAGAGGAUUGUGGGAAAGGAAAAAAGAUGGCGUCUACCAAGAGGGUGCUGUAUGUGGGCGGGCUGGCGGAGGAGGUGGACGAGCGAGUGCUCCACGCAGCCUUCAUCCCUUUCGGCGACAUCACGGAUAUCCAGAUCCCCUUGGACUACGAAACGGAAAAGCAUCGAGGUUUUGCUUUCAUUGAAUUUGAGCUGGCUGAGGAUGCUGCAGCUGCCAUUGACAACAUGAAUGAAUCUGAGCUCUUUGGGAGGACUAUUCGAGUCAACCUGGCCAAGCCGAUGAGGAUUAAAGAAGGAUCCUCCCGCCCAGUUUGGUCAGAUGAUGACUGGCUGAAGAAAUUUUCAGGAAAGACACUGGAGGAGAAUGUGGAGGAAGAAGGGGCAGAGCCUGCUCGAUCAGAGGCACAGGAGGGUGAACCACCAGCAAAAAAAUCAAGGGCAAACCCCCAGGUUUACAUGGAUAUCAAGAUUGGAAACAAGCCUGCUGGUCGAUUGAACAUCCUGUUGCGAUCAGAUAUUGUACCUAUGACCACCGAGAACUUCCGCUGUCUGUGCACGCAUGAAAAGGGCUUUGGCUUCAAGGGGAGCAGCUUCCAUCGUGUCAUCCCUCAGUUCAUGUGCCAAGCGGGAGAUUUUACCAACCACAAUGGCACUGGGGGCAAAUCUAUCUACGGGAAGAAAUUUGAUGAUGAAAACUUUAUCCUGAAGCACACAGGGGCAGGCUUGCUGUCCAUGGCCAAUUCUGGCCCCAACACCAACGGCUCACAGUUCUUCAUCACAUGUGAUAAGACUGACUGGCUGGAUGGGAAGCACGUGGUCUUUGGAGAGGUGACGGAAGGGAUGGACGUGGUGCGGCAGAUCGAGGCCGAAGGCAGCAAAGAUGGGAAACCAAAGCAAAAAGUUAUCAUCUCGGACUGUGGAAAAAGCCUUCCUGAGACAUUGCAGUGUCCUUUUCUGGACAUUUUCAAGAGAUUGAAAAGGAUGUUGUUACAGUCUCUACCAUAAGUGGCUUAAAAAGAAGAUUAAGACCUAUCAUCUUGGAAUUUGUGCAUCACUGAUGGCUAAAAAUGAAACUUGUGUCUAGAAGCAGCAAUGUACCACUGAGGAUCCGAUUCAGGAACAGACAGGCAUGGACUUUUGCUGUGAUGGCUGUGAGAUUCCAGGGAAGUGAACACUACACUUGAAUGGGCCUAUGGCCUAAUCCAGCUGGGCUCUCCCUACUUAACAUCUUAUGCGUCACUGGAGCUGUAGCAGGCUAUGCCAAAGGGAGUGAACUGAGGCCACAGACCCACAGGAAUGGGUGUGGGCUGCCGUGCUUCUAAUUGCUGGGGAGAUGAACUGGCUCUUCAGGUGUAUGAAAGGAGAUACCCAACAGAUCAAGCUGGAAAUACUGAGGAUUCUGCACAAUCUUCUUGGCCUACAGAGAGAUUGUGGUGUGGGAGUCACUGAAUGAGCCUCUGCUUGGGGGUAGUGAGUAAGGGGGUGCUUUGGGGCGCUUGAGAGAUGCGCAUAAUUAUUCUGAGCAAAGCUAUGUGCAAGUUGCAAAAUGGUUCCUUGUUCUCUUUAGGAAGGCAACAAGCAACCCUACUUGCUGCAGAUAUGCUGAGCAAGGCAGUCGGGGAAAGCUGGGUGCUGAAUCUAAAGGAAGACUUGCUGCAAAGAGGAAGGCCUGGGGCAAGGAAACUGCUCCAUAUGCUCUGUGCCCUUAAUUAUUUGCUCUACUUCAGGGAAGGGGGUGCAACUCUCACUUCUGCUUGGAUGAAGCCCCCAAAGGGCACUGGACAUAACUUUCUUCUGCAUGUGGCCAACACCUUCCAGAUUGAUUAUACAACCUGGUUCUAGCUUAAGGUGCACCUCCAGCAAAGAAUGGAAACUGGCAGACCUAAAAAUGCCCAGAGCCCUUUUUGGCUGUUAAUCCAGGGUCAAGUGAAUGCAGGGGGGGGUGCCUGCUCUCUGGAAAUGCCCCAGAUGAUUGAAACCCAUUGGCUACAUUAUACACAAAGAGGAAGUGGGUGAGGAGAGCCACAUUCUCUAGCUCAUUUCACCAGAGGGACACUUCUUUGACCCCGGAUAGGGUGGGUUAGGGUGUUCUAUAUUAAGGAAAACCUCAUCCUCCACAGAGCCUUCCAAAAGGUCUCUUGUAGACCUUCCUUAAUGUCACAUGGGGAAAGGUCUGCUGAAGCAGAGGCCCUGGGUUUUGAUGGGAUGCCACAGUCUCCCCUACAUGGUGUCAGCCCCCCAAUUGCCAGGAUUGUUCCUUGCUUCUGGUCCUUCUCAAGUGGACAUGGUUUGCAUGGAAGCCUGAGAUUUGGGACCCUCAGGGUUUCAAAGAAAGUGUGGCUGUCAUGUGCAGAGCCCAAGAGAGAGCUGAUAAUGUGCAGGACUUGUGAAAAGCUCCAGCAUCCCCAAAGGGCAAAGACAACACUGCCCAGGUGUGUUCCUCUCUCUGGGCUGACCAACGCUUGCACAUGCUGUUCUCUGCAAGAUUUCGGGCUGACUUCUGUUUCAAAAGCCCUGAAAAUGUCAGGGAUAAAAUAAAGUGUACAAACAGGGCAUCCUGAUUUGCAUGCUUCUCUACCGUGGCUUUUUAAGUUUAAUUUAAUUUAAAGUGCAGGAACUGGGCGGGGUUUUGGCACAGAAUACAAAACAGGCCUAUGCGUGCAGUCAGAUCAUGUUUUAGUUUGCUUGGCAAAGGUUCCUCUGUGGGGGAUUGUUCAGUUUGUCGAGGAUGUGAACCAACUGACCUUCAGCCAAACAGCCCGAGUCUGUGUCAGCUCAAGGUCAGGCGGGAAAAGCCGACUCCUUCACUUACUGCAUAGUGGCAAGAUUUUGGUCCCCUUCCUCUCCAACAGGUGCUUGGGGCCCGCGACUGCCAGGGCUUCCGUCCUGCCUCUUUCCUGCAUGCAGCAGCAGUCCAAUGUCCACCCCAGCAUUAGUGGCAGCCACAUGUCUUGACCACCAUGUUGCGGUGUUUCUUGAGGAUGACGUUGUUGUUGCUGUCAUAAUAGAGGACUGAGGUGGCGCUGAGCUUGGUGGGUGCACAGCAGGCCUUGGGGACUGUUUCAGGCUUCAUCAGGUGAACCUGAAAAUGGAGUUAAAGGGAGACGCAGUCAUUGGAGCUCUCCUCCAUCGGAAAUUGUCCGGCUUGAUUGGAGCGUUGAGUAACCAGCCCCAGAGGUCCAAAGGCUGAAUGUUCACACACCCAGCCUCCCCCCACCUAGCAUCUUGAUUUGGAGAAGGAAAAAACUUCAAAGCAGCACUUGUUUAUACGGAGAAAAGGCAUCAAUUUCCAUGAGUAGGUUAUUUGUCCGCGUUGGCAAAAAUAUUUAUUCAAAACCGUUUGGCAGCUUGAGUUGCAGUUUAUGUUGGAGCCACUCUCAAGGCACCAUCGCUGGAAGGCAACUAUCGACGGGCUGGAAGUCAGAUUGCAGCGGCUGUUGCUUCCACUGCACAUCUACUUUUAUCCCAUUAAUUUCAGUUGAAGGGGAGUGGGGGAUUAUCACGAUGUCUUUCGAGGGAUCACGAUGCCCCUGGAACUGCCUCCCCACCCCAAUGAAGUGAACAAGAAGCUCUUGCAACAGAGGGAAGAACUGAUUGGAGAGCUGCUGCUUUGCAGGGAAAGAUGGCCUCACGCUCAAUUGCCUGUCUAAAGGCCCAAUGUAUGAGGUCUCCGGGGUUGCAGUGGGUCCCCGGAUCAAGUGAACUCAUUUCAGCUAGAAAACUAUCUUUGUGCAUGGGAAACAGCUUUUGUAGCUGGGGUAAGAGAGAGACAGUAUCGCAAGCUUGCUCCCUCUGCCUCUCCUGACUUGUCCCCUGCCCAUGCAAACACUAGGGCGUUUUGAAACCCAGUCAGGUGGAGCCAGAGCCCUACUGGCUGGGGCUGAUGGAAGUUGUAGUCCAAAGAUACAUCGCCAGGUGCAUUUCCACCAGACACCAGAAUUCCCUGAGGGCUGCAAGAAGGAAUGCCACCAUGGCGUCUACGCUUCAGCUUCACUAAGGGCCAAACUAUACGUCAGAUGUGUGGUUGCAUUUUAUAGAUCUCCUUGUAAUAAUAAUAAAAAGGAGCCAGGAAAAGGAAAGACGUGAUCAGGAUUGGGGUUUAAGGGAGCAUUAAGGCUUUGGGUGAGGGGUGUUAAUUUCUUUCCGUUGCACCACAGCCCUGACAAAAGUCAUCUCACCUUCCUGUUCUCGACCACAGGAGGGAAGAUGCUGCAAGUGAAAGGCUGGCACCUGGGGCAUCUGCCACACUUGUGGGACAUGCCAGAUAAUUAAAGCACAACCAAGUCUCCUGAUGUCAUUGUGACAUCAGAUGAUUUGUCAAGUGGGCAACCCUUCCCAUUCAUCAAACCUGGCCCGCAAGCUGUAGGAGAACUGCCCAGCCCAAUCCAGUUCCCCACACUACCAAGUGUACUAAAGGCAUCGGUGAAAGCUACUGACCUAGGGGCGAUAGCGGAACAAGGGUGCACCCCACUUCUUCAACUCUGAUCAGAAAGACACAGGAAGCUGCUCAAAGUCCGUCUAGCUCAGUACUGUCAACUGGCAGCGAAUCUCCAGGUUUCAAACGGAAGUCUUAUCCCAGCCCUACCUGGAGAUGCCAUUGGGGAUUGAACCUGCUCUGCUCCCGAGCUAUGGGCUUCCCCAACACCUACAGACAAUCCCCUCUAGCUUGUCUCUCUUGUUCCAAGGUGCCCUCUGCCAUAUGGAGACACUGACCAGGGACUGAAGGAUGGCAUGAUUUGUGGCAUUCAUGCAGGAGUCCAAAGGGAAAGCGCAGUCCCCUGCGCAGUAAAAGGCGGAGUAGCCCCGCGGAGCAAUCACCCAGUCCUGGAAGAACAAAGCAAAAUAACUUAGGAGAAGGUGUGGCUAAAAAAGCUUACCUGCAGCAAAGGCAUUUAAAGAACUCUGACUUUACCAGUUUUCCUAAAAUUAGGCUUCAAUCUUAGGGUGCAGUUGGUUGCUGCAUUUGAGUUUCUGCUUGAAGUCCCCAAAAUAUCAGCAGCAUACUCCACAGCAGCUCUGAGCAGGGCUUUCAGUGUGACUGCUCCUCGGGUGGAACAGCUUCUCCACUGAGAUACAACAGGCACCUGCUAUCUGCACUGUCCAGAAUCAAUGGAAGACAUUUAUCUUUUGAAAGGCCUUUUUAAUUGGGUAAAAACAGUCUUUUGGUACUGUUUUGAAACUAUUUUAGUUGUUUUUAUGGUGUGUUUGCAAAUGCCCUUGAGACUCACAUGAAAGGUGAUGCAUAAAACAAUAAAAUGAUAAUGAGAUCAGGGAGAGAGAUCAGACAUCAGUGGAUUCCCUUCCUCAUCACCACAGAAAUGUCUCUGACCCUGGCCCUUCAAAUGCCAGCCCUCCAAUGUUGGCGAGGUUUGUGUUGGGGGCAGUGUGGGGUACGUUGGAGGAGGAAUCUGAAGGACCCAAGCUUUCCUAACCCCCAAACCCAGAAGAAAUCCUUUCACCUUUAUUUCCCUUUUUUUUCCCUUUUAUUGUUCCCAGUGGAAGGGAAAUUAAUUUUUUUUUAAUCCAUCCUGAAAGGGAUGGAGGAGCUCAUUUCUACCCUGCUGGCAUGAGACCACAGGGAAGGGCACUAGCAGAGCAGUAAAACUACUGCCAGCUUCACCCUUGGCCUGUACUAGCUCUAGGACUCCACUGCUAGUCUUUUCUUCUUCUUCUUAAGAAAUCUACAUGAGUCCCCAAAACUUCUGAUAUCUAAGCCACACUUUUUCUUUGAAGGUUGCUGAUCAGAAUGAGGCACAGACAGAGAUUGGUGCUCUGCCACAGCAAUGUGGGUUAGGGGUGGUUUCCUGCAUAUGUGUGUGUGUGCUUGGGUGCACACAAGCUGGGCUUUUGGGAGCAGCAAUUCACUUCUCUGGGCUGCCACCUUGGGAAUCCCUGAGAAAAUAUGCUCUAUGUAAACCUUCCAUGACUUUGAAAGAAAUGGGUUCAGAAAGACCGAAAAGAUUGGAAAUGAGAAGGGGAAGGUGAUGCUAAGAUAUUUAACUUUUCUGGGGGAAAUGACUUUUGUAAAGAAGAA